GCGCCUCGCGAUCCGGAAGCGAGCGGCCCGCCCGUCGGAGCCCGGAUCCUCCCCCGCGCCGGCAGAUCCAGCGGCUUGCGGACAAGGGGCCAGAUCGCACCCGCGAGAUGGCGGCGGCGGCCGUGAGCGGCGCUAAGCGGAGCCUGCGGGCCGAGCUGAAGCAGCGUCUGCGGGCGGUGAGCGCCGAGGAGCGGCUGCGCCAGUCCCGUCUCUUAACCCAGAAGGUGAUUGCCCACAGUCAGUAUCUAAAGUCCAAAAGAAUUUCCAUCUUUCUGAGCAUGCCAGAUGAAAUCGAGACGGAAGAGAUCAUCAGGGACAUUUUCCAACAAGGCAAGACCUGUUUUAUCCCACGGUAUCACUUCCAGAGCAAUCACAUGGAUAUGGUGAAAUUAGCAUCGCCCGAGGAAAUUUCUUCCCUUCCCAAAACAUCCUGGAAUAUUCAUCAGCCCGGGGAGAAUGAGAUUCGAGAGGAGGCCUUGUCAACAGGGGGACUUGAUCUCAUCUUCAUGCCUGGUCUUGGGUUUGACAACUGUGGCAACCGUCUGGGUCGGGGCAAGGGCUACUACGACGCCUACCUGAAGCGCUGUCUGCAGUCCCAGGAUGUGAAGCCCUACACCCUGGCCUUGGCUUUCAAAGAACAGAUUUGCCUCCAGGUCCCCAUGGAUGAACAUGACAUGAAGGUAGAUGAAGUCCUUUAUGAAGACUCCCCAGCAUCCUAAGUCCUGAUGACUACAGCUCCCCCAAAAUCAAUGUUCUGUAUCAGAGAAAAGCAGAAUAUGUGUAUUUUCCUUUAUCAGAAAUUAGUAGAAAUAGGGGCUGUAUUGCGUUUAGUGUUAAUUAUAAGAUAUCUAACAUGAAGCCAUUUUAAAAAACCAAUAGCAGCGUGAGUAAUAGAACCUCAAUUAAAAUGGAGCCUAUCACCA